CCGACCAGCCUGUCUCCCCUUGCUUCUGUCCAUUACACCCACACUCACCAUGUCCGAGCAGCAGCACCAGCAUCGUUCCAACACAAAGCUCAAGCAACAAAACAAGCCCUUCAAGUCUAAGCACUUGACUAAAAGCAGCUUGAGGGACAAGGCCAAAGGCAAGGUCGAACGCGUAUCUAUCAAGCAUCAGUCCACUAGAGGACUCUCAAAUAAGACUGAUCGCCGUAAUUCCGCCAAACUCCUUCAGCAGAAGAAGCGCGAGGAAUUGUUCAGGAAGACGAAGAUUUUCGAUGGAAAGAAUGGUACACCAAAGGUCGUCGCUGUGGUUGCACUCUGUGCCGAUGUGAGUGCUGAUGACGCUGUCGCCAAGCUCUUUGCCAGCGUGGAUCAGGUUCCCGCCAACAAGGGGACCGUCCUCAUGACUACGGACCGCUUCAGGCAGAAGCUCCAAUUUGUCCCGCUUCAGCGCAACUACAUUGAUAUCAUGGAUGCUGCCAAGGUUGCGGACUUUCUUCUGCUCGUGAUGUCUGCUGUAGAGGAAGUUGACAAAUUUGGUGAAAUGGUGCUCUCUGGCAUUCAAUCUCAGGGCGUUCCUUCAGUCGUGGCCACCGUCAGUAACCUGGACAUCACUCCCUCUAAGAAGCACUCUGAUAUCAAAAGAUCGCUUCUCUCGUUCACCAACCACUUUUUCCCCGAGGAGGCCAAGAUUCACGCCCUGGAUAAUAACGCCGAGACCGUCAAUGUCCUCCGCAUGAUGGCGAAUCAGUUGCCAAAGUCGAUUACCUGGCGCGAUACUCAUCCAUACAUGCUCGCAGAAAAAGUCGCUUUCGAGGAAGACCCUUUGGAUCCCACUGUCGGCACACUGAGAGUGACAGGAUAUACCAGAGGAACCCAUUUCCAGGCCAACCGACUUGUGCACCUUCAAAAUUUUGGCGAUUUCCAGCUGGAGAAGAUCACAUCUGCUCCCAUUACCCAUAGGGCAGUUCAUGUGAGCAACGGUAACGGUAUGGAUGCGGAGGGAACAGAGACUUUGUUGGAUGCUCCUGUUCCUGGGGAGCAGGACGACUUGGCCGCAGAAAACGAGCCUGAUCUGCUUGCAAACGAGCAAACUUGGCCCACCGAGGAAGAGUUGAUGGAGGCUGAAGAGCGCGUCAAGAACAUGGAUCCCAAUGAAAGACCCGAGCAGUUGUUCAACUCUGCACCUAAAAAAGUCGUCAGACGCGUCCCCAAGGGAACUUCCAACUACCAAGCAGCCUGGAUUGUUGACUCUGACCAUGAGAGUGACGAAGAUAUUGAGGAUGAAGACGAGGAUGAGGAUGAGCGUAUGGAUGACGACGACUUGCCCAGCGCACGGAACGCAGAGGAUUCUGAGGAGGAAUACGAGGAUCUGGAGGUCGAGAACGAGGAGCCCAGCAAGGGUGAGGAGGUUUACGAGGAUGAGCUGGAUAACGAGGAAGAGGCCCGCCAGUACGCCGAUUACCUUGCCAGAGAGAAGGAAAACAGAGAUGACAUGGAGUUCCCAGAUGAGGUCGAGGCACCCAUGGAUGUCCCCGCUAGCGUUAGGUUCGCGCGCUACCGUGCCCUCGAGUCCUUCAGGACUUCGCCUUGGGACCCCUAUGAGAAUCUUCCUCUGGACUAUGGCCGUAUUUUCCAAUUUGAGAACCUCCGCCGCACAAAGCACCGCGUGAUGAACCAGGCCCUCGAGGAUGGCGUCUUGCCCGGCACGCACGUCAAUUUGUACAUUGCCAAGGUCCCACGGGCUGUCAUGGACACAUAUUCCACCUCGCGCCCCUUCAUCGUUUUCGGGCUGUUGCAGUAUGAGCACAAGAUGGGCGUGAUCAAUUUUGUGGUAAACCGCAAUUCUGAGUACGAGGGCGUCAUCAAGGCGAAAGAUCCCCUGGUUCUUCACUGCGGAUUCAGACGCUUUGUCGUUCGGCCCAUUUUUUCACAAAACACCCGCAACGGCAAGGGGACAAAUAAUGUCCACAAGAGUGAGCGGUUUCUUCAGCAUGGGCGUAGCACUGUGGUCACUGUUUAUGCACCUAUCCAGUUUGGUAGCCUGCCCGUUGUUCUCACUAAGGACUCUGAGGAUGUCAACUCCCCAGUUUUGGUUGCCACUGGAACGCUUAUGGAUGCUGAUCCCAGGAGGAUUGUCGCCAAAAGAAUCAUUUUGACAGGGCAUCCCUUCAAGGUCCACAAGCGUUCUGCUACCAUUCGUUUCAUGUUCUUUAACCCUGAUGAUGUCUGGUACUACAAAUCUGUGGAGUUGCGCACCAAGCAUGGCCGCACUGGUCAUAUCAAGGAGUCAUUGGGAACGCAUGGCUAUUUCAAGGCUCAAUGGGAUCAACAAAUUUCCAUGCAGGAUACCAUUAUGAUGUGUUUAUACAAGAGAAUUUAUCCCAAGUGGGGCACGACCCUUUGGGUCAACCCAGAUGCUGGUUCGAAUGGAGCACAGGCUGCCACGAUAGAGAGGAUGGACAUGGAUUGAAGACGCGACUCGCUUUAGAAGAUAUACUUGCAUUUUGUAAUAAACCCGAUACUCAUUCAUCUAGGAACUUGCC